UCCUCCAACUUCUAAUCCGCUCGAGCCAAACUCCGCGCAACCAGAAUCGCAGGGCGAAGCUGGAGGCUCAGGCUGGACUUGUUGAUCUCCGUUAGCAAGAAGCGAGAGAGAGAAAGAAGGAAAGGCGACAAGGAGGGAAGGAGACACACACACACAGGCCCGCGCUCCCUGACUGAGCGGCGGGCGCUUCCUCCCCGCUGGGCCCGGGCCCCGCGCGCGGCGUCGGCGGAGCUGAAGGUGGGGCUUGGGCAAGAAGCGCAGCCGGAUCGGCGCGAGGGCCUGCGAGACGCUUGUUGCGACAGGGAGGGGGGCGACUCUCGAGACCCACGGAGACGCCUUGACCCAGGGUGGGGGGAGCUGCUGCCUUCGCUCUCCCCAUCCAGCUACGGAAGGGGUUAUCCUGGGAUUUCGUCCCCGGUGGGGGUUUUCUUUUUCCCCUGCUCGCCCCCCCCCCACCUCUCGCCGCCGCCGCCGCCGAGGAUGCCCGCGACGCCUGCCUGCCUGCUGAGCUAGCCCAGAGCAGGAUGUAGCGAGCGAGCGAGCGAGCUGGCCGACCGAUGCCCUCGCCGCCCCCCGGAACCCCCCGGCGCCUCCUUUCUCCGGGAUCGUGGCAAGAGAAGCAUGGAGGAGAAGGAGGGCAGAUGAAGAGGUCCUGCUGAGAAGUGUGAGUGCCCUGGAAGCUUUCAUCAGCCUGUUCCAGCCUUCCUGAGACAAGCAAUGCCUGCGGGGAUGAAUAAGCAUGGAUCUCGAUCGACUACCUCUUUGCCUCCCGAUCCCAUGGAGAUUGUCAGGAGCAAGGCCUGCUCCAGAAGGGUUAAGCUUAAUGUGGGUGGCUUGGCCCAUGAGGUUUUAUGGAGAACCCUGGACAGGUUGCCACGGACAAGGUUGGGUAAGCUCAGAGACUGCAACACCCAUGAAUCCCUUAUGGAUAUAUGUGACGACUACAACUUGGAGGAGAACGAGUAUUUCUUUGAUAGGCACCCAGGGGCAUUUACUUCUAUCUUGAACUUUUACCGCACUGGCAAGCUGCACAUGAUGGAGGAAAUGUGUGCCUUGUCCUUCAGCCAAGAACUGGACUAUUGGGGGAUCGACGAGAUCUAUCUGGAGUCCUGUUGCCAGGCAAGGUACCACCAGAAGAAGGAGCAGAUGAACGAGGAGCUCAAGAGGGAAGCAGAAACAAUGCGAGACAGGGAAGGAGAGGAAUUUGAUAACACCUGCUGCGCCGAGAAGAGGAAAAAGCUCUGGGACCUUCUGGAGAAGCCCAAUUCUUCUGUAGCAGCCAAGAUUUUGGCAAUCAUUUCCAUCAUGUUCAUCGUCCUCUCUACAAUUGCCUUGUCACUCAACACUCUUCCUGAGCUCCAAGGCUCAGAUGAAUAUGGAAACGCCACCGAUAACCACCAGUUAGCCCAUGUCGAGGCUGUGUGCAUUGCAUGGUUUACAAUGGAAUACCUCUUACGGUUCCUCUCCUCUCCUAAGAAGUGGAAGUUUUUCAAAGGGCCACUGAAUGCUAUUGACUUGUUAGCCAUCUUGCCAUACUACGUCACCAUCUUCCUCACAGAGUCAAACAAAAGUGUACUUCAGUUCCAGAAUGUGCGGAGGGUCGUUCAGAUAUUCCGAAUCAUGAGGAUACUCCGAAUUCUCAAGCUAGCUCGGCACUCCACCGGUUUGCAAUCCCUGGGAUUUACGCUGAGGAGAAGCUACAAUGAGCUUGGGUUGCUCAUUCUGUUUCUGGCCAUGGGGAUUAUGAUAUUUUCGAGCUUAGUGUUCUUUGCAGAAAAAGACGAGGAGGAUACAAAAUUCAAGAGCAUCCCAGCAUCCUUCUGGUGGGCAACCAUAACUAUGACAACAGUUGGCUAUGGAGACAUCUACCCUAAAACACUCUUAGGUAAGAUCGUUGGUGGCUUGUGUUGCAUUGCUGGUGUCUUAGUCAUUGCCCUCCCUAUACCAAUCAUUGUAAAUAACUUCUCUGAGUUCUACAAAGAGCAGAAGAGGCAGGAGAAAGCCAUCAAGCGCAGAGAAGCUCUUGAAAGAGCAAAAAGAAAUGGGAGCAUUGUGUCCAUGAAUAUGAAGGAUGCUUUUGCCCGUAGUAUAGAACUGAUGGACAUAGUUGUUGAAAAAAAGGGAGAAAAUGCAGGCAAAAAGGAUAAAAUUCAGGACAAUCAUUUAUCCCCAAGCAAGUGGAAAUGGGCCAAGAGAUCUCUCUCCGAAACUAGCUCCAACAAAUCUUUAGAGACAAAGGAACAAGGGUCGCCAGAAAAGGCUCGCUCAUCUUCCAGUCCUCAGCAUCUGAAUGUUCAACAGCUGGAAGACAUGUACAGCAAAAUGGCAAAAGCUCAGUCCCAGCCCAACCUCAACAUGAAGGAGUCAGGUCAACCCAACAAGCAAAAGGAAGAAUUAGAAAUGGAAGCCAUUCCUGGCCCUAUGGUCCCCUUGCUCACCACUCGGGCUGAUGGAAUAAUUGACAUGAGGAGCAUGUCAAGUAUUGACAGUUAUAUAAGCUGUGCUACAGAAUUUCCUGACUCCGGGAGAUACUCCCAUAGCCCACUAACUACGCUGCCUAACAAAGGUGGGAUAAAUCCACUUCAGGAUCCAUAUAGGCCAGAGGGAAGCGGGUCCAAAUUCAAGGAGAUAAAACCAAAUCUAGAAAGCAGUCGUUGCUCUACAUUUUUCAUAGAGAGCCCCAAACGUACCAUUAAAGUCACCAAUCCUCUAAAAUUAAGAUCCCUGAAGGUUAACUUUAUGGAAGAGGAUGCCAUAGGACCAACAGCAUCAAACGUCCUGAGAAUAUACCCAGAUCCCCUCAAGAUCAAAGGAGCAACAGGAGCAGCUACAGAUAGUUCUGGCCACUCUGAUCGGUCUUUAAUGAGUCCAGAAACCUCUAUCUAUACUACUGCAAGUACUCGAACACCCACAAAAUCCCCCGAGAAGCAGGCAGCAAUAGUUUUCAACUUCCACGAUGCUGGGAUACACAAAUAUAUCGACGCCGACACUGAUGACGAAGGUCAGUUGCUGUAUGACUCAAGCCCUCCCAAAGCCCCACCAGGAAACCCUGCUCCCAAAUACAGCGUCACACAUGGUGGCUAUUUAAGGCAAAGAGAUAGUGUUUAUAGAACAGAGAAGAACCACUUAGAGACUGCUGCUUUACCCUCCUCACCCAAGCUUAUUGGGCAAAACUGCCUUUAUUCCAUGGAAAGUAUCACUGGAAGAACCCGUGGUAACCAGGGAACUAUCAAAUUAGAGAACCACAUUUCGCCCGAGGUUCACAUAUUACCGGGUGGAGGAGGACAUGGUAACACACAUGAUCAAAAGAUCUGACACGUAACCCAGAACUUUUGGUGAAAGCUGAAAAGGAAUGCCUUUACACUCAACACACGAAGAAGAGCUUCUGCAUGGCAUGAACUUUGGACUGAAACGAGCCACCUGUUUUUUAAAAGCAAGAGGAUGCCCUCAAGGUGGGCUCAGGAAUAUGUCCUCCUCUGGAUCCACUACAAAGUUGCUGCCCACAGCCAUCAGCUGAAACGAAGAUUGUGCAUCUUGGUCAUAAUUUGAUCUCCUUUCGACUUCCUUCAUUGAAGUUAGUGUGACCAAAUAGUCCAUUCACUUCCCCCCCCCCUUCUUUUUGAUGGAUCUCUUAUAUGUGGCAGUAUCAGCAUCUGACACAGCAUUACCCUUUUAAAGGAGACCAAGGUGGCCAGAGUCAAAUACUGGAAGAAAUGGUUAGGUGUGAUAAGAGUAAUCAGUGAUGCAACACUUCUUGCAUGAGGGCAACUGUUUCAAACAUCCCCAGCUAUGCCUUCUUCUCUGAGGGAUAGGAGGUCUAAAGGUAAAAGAAUGGGCUGGUUAAAUUGCGGAUUCAGUGAAUUGAGAAAUAAACUGUUUGAAUUCUCUGUGUGUGCUUAAUACUUCAAGAUUCAUUGAGACCUGAAGUUUUCCUUUUUUAAAAAAAAAAUAACAGCAGGGUGAGUUGCACCACUUGUAUCUAAAUCCAAAACACCCCUUCAAAAUUAUAUCUAAGAAUAGCACUUACUGUAUUACUGCUCAUAGUAACACCAAAACAGAGAUCAGGGAAGCAGUUUUUAAACUGAGAUUAGAAAGGCAGUUUUCACAUUUAAAAGACAAUGGGAAUGGAUGUGUGAAGGAGGCAUCGUUCUGCUCUUAGGGGUGAGAGGGUUUGGUUGGUAUUCUUAGAAGGGAGCAACCAAGAUGUAGCUGACCCUUUUGUGUGUUGGGGGAAGGCUACUGCGCAAGACCACAGCCAUAUUGUAAACGAAAGGACAGUGCAACCCCUGGAGAUUCUGACCAAAGCAUUAAGCUGGGAGUCCAUACUGGCUUUAUGAUCAUCUCCAGCACAAAAGAGGCUAAAGUUAAUAGUAUGAAAAGGCAUUAAAUGUCGGCUCCCUGAAUUAUUUGCACAUCCUUUCAUGGCUUACACCUAAUCCAUUAUCCAUGCCAGAAGAAUCUUUCUGCCACAUUUUGCACUUAAAUAGCGCAGAAUGAAAAGAUAUGCAAGUUUCAAAAACAUAAAUAUGCAAAAGUAGUAACGACAGUCCUAAGCAAUUAGCCUGAUCCUCCUCUCAUUUGGGCUGGUUGUGAAUCAUACGAGGCUCCCACUGGAGUUUCACUAAUGAGGUGUAAAUGAGAAGGGAAUCAAGUUUCAAAUAUUUUGCUUUUAAACUGGCCAUUUUAAAGAAAACCAUAAAUACCAGCUUGGAUUUAUAACGUAGGCUGGUAUAUUAAAUCUUGUAUCAUUUAGGUUUGUUGAUAUCAAAAGCACUUUAUGUUGAUUUUAUUAUUGCGUUUGACAAAGGUGGCAUAGAGAAGCAGAGAGAAUGUAUUUUUUUAAAUAAAAACAAAAAACAAACAACCUAGCACUUUAAAACAAGCACUAUCUUGAUUUGUGCCUCGUCACAUCUGUGAUUUGUUACUCACCUGGUAACAAACUGCGAUAACUGUGAUGAUAAGACUUAAUGUUGUGUCCAUUGUUGCUGUAGUAUAUGUGUCAUUGAAAGUUUGACUUCUCUUUCAGGGUACACUGUACUCUGAUGUGGACUCAAAGUCUAGUAUAAGAGGUGGGCAGUAGAAGAAGAAACUUUAGGUCACUGCCAUCCCCCAAAAAGAACACAUGUGAAAUAGACAUGACCUAAACUUCGGAGCAAGUUGGUAAAAGUAGUAUAGAGAAAUGUCAUGUUCUUGUUUUCCUCCUACAAUAAUAAUAUGGGUUUCAUUCAGUUUUUCUAGGAAGAGAUCCAAAUAUUGCAUAUGGGCUAUAUACAAUAUUUUCACUGGCCAUAUUCAAGAAAUGAGGUUUAAAAACCUGGGAAUAGUGAAGUUUUUUGGCCAGUACAUCAAAUUAAGGUUGCUUCCAGCUGGGUGCUUAUUAUGGGAUGGGUGCUCCUCAUGCAUGCAGAUUUUUUCACAGCAUCCACAUUACAUUGCUGGCAUCAAAAUGCCAGCUUGUAUUCUCUCCUGCCCCCGUAUCAUUUGGCCUUCCCCGUGGGAAACCCAAAACGUUUUUUAAAAAAACACCUGUUGUCAGUGACCUGCGUGCAAUAUCUGAAUGGCCCAUUUAUAAUACUGAGCCUCCAUUUGGAAGCACAGUAACCUUUUUAGACAUGGGUGUUUUAUCAGUGAAGUGCAUUGCCCCUACAGUGAUGCAUAAACCACCUGCAUGCCACAGGCCUCGGGGCUCAAUUUUUCUGAAAUGAAAAGCUGUAAGUAAUAUAUUGCGCCCCUGAAAAAGACAACCCCCACUAUCUGAAUAUACAUGUUUCGUCAAAUAGUUACGUUUCCGAUAUCAUAUAGCUGUUGGCUGGUCAUGACUGUCAUUCUUGUCCAUUUAAGCUAUAUUGUAUUCCUGCCUCUAAUGCACGCAGCGUGGAUGGACAAAAGCAAUAAGCGCAUUGUGGUUGUCAUUAUCGCUUUGUUAAGUUGGACCUCUGGCUGGCACAAUAUUAUAAGUAGGUAUGGAGAUGUUGCACAUUGACUGAAUUAUUCAGCAAUCCAGUACUGUUCGGAUUACUGAAUAAUUUCCCAAUAUUUCCCAAGAGGCCUUACGGUUACACUAUUGUCCUAUUCACUCACAUGCGCAUUAGGCAGAUCAAGAUAUGAAUAAGCUCAAAUGGUGUACAGUUUAGGCCAGUAAAAGUCGGAUAAGCUCCUUUCCAUGCAAGAAGUCGCACAGUCAGCAGGCAAAAAUGCACCUCUAUAUUCAAAAGUCUCUACAGAAUAGCAUAUUUGAAAAGAACACCCCCUACCCCAAAUUAGAAGUCCAUCUUUGUUCAUUCAGAACUUGUGUUAAGUGUGAGCCUCACAGUAAUUCAUACAAUGUACUUAGGAGAGUUAAGUUGUAACAAUCAAAUAAUUAUUAGGAACUAAUGAUACAGCAAAUGAGCUUUAAGCAUAUUAUUGUAGUGAUCCAUUCCUAAUUAAACUGACUGUUAAGUGAGUUCCAUUGAACUCGGGAAACUUCCUUCAUGUUUAGGACUAGGGUCUGGUAAAUAUUAUUUUAGGGAUGAAAACCAAUUGCUACGGAAAAUUCCCAUGUAUUUUAAGUGAGGGGGUGUUAAAUAGUUUCAACACUGGGAUUGACAGGGAGGCAAGACGUAGACAAGGACUGCUUAUGUGCUUAAGCAAAGGCAAGUGAAUUAGGUCAUUUGCAAGUCAAACCCCUAAAUUGUGUGUGUUAGAAGUCUGUCAUGUCCAUCAUCAGCACAAAUGUUUAAAUAAAAACAAAUUCAGGGAAAAAUUACUUUUUGAUAUAUAAAAAGUAUACAGCGGUGAUUUCCACAUUGCAUCUUUUAGAGCUGAUUCUUUCAUGUAAAAAGUUUUCAGAGGAAUUGUAUUUUUCAUAUCCGAAAGCAAAUGCGUUUGACUAUAGCCAUAUAGAGAAAGGAUUUAACAAAUCGCUAUUGGAAAUGAGAUAUUCGAGUUCCUAGAUGACAGUCACAAGAAUCGCGGCGUUUAAAAAACAAACCUGGAAUAUCAACUGGUGCAACUCUCCUUGUAACCAAAGGCCCUGUUAUUGCCUUGCGUGGACAUAGCGUGACACAAAACUAUCAUUCAUCUAGCGCAAACUUCUCAAGUAGCAUGUUACCAGGUCACUUUUGACAGCUUUGUUCAAAAGUAUCAUAAAGUAUCUAUCCUUUGAGUGUGAACCGCCAAAGUCCUAUAGAUUUCUUAUAGAAAGAGAAUAAUUAAAGAUGGGCAUACACUAUGCUCAAAAACAUUUCUUUCUUCUGUUUGUGAAAGUGUUAUUCUAGCUCACAUUUUGUGCCCCACAAAAACAAACAAACAUGGAUCUCUGGGGCAAACCAUACUGCUAUGAAUGGGUUCUACACAAAACCAUAGCAAUGGUCCUGUAUCUUCCGUUCAUUUCAGUGCAGCUUGCGCCGGAGAACCUCCAAGUGGAAUUGUGUCCUAUGGUUAAUUUAAAUUAAAUGAUGCCUGAAAAUGAAAUGCUUUGUACAAAGUAAGUAUAGAUGUAUGAGCACUGGGAAAUCUACUCUGAACGUUUGAAAAGCAUUUGGAAUGAAAGCAAAAAUCCGAAAGAACCGGGGAAGGGUCUGCACUCAUCACAAA